AUGGCUACAGGUCACAAGAUUGUUAUUCUUAAAAAUGACACAACUCGUUUUACUGCAAAAUGCGAAGAAGAUGGUUGUGGUUGGAGGAUUCACUUUGAGCCUGUGAAUGGUGAUACUUCUCGGUUCGUGCUAAAAGAUUCUAAUGCUCACAGGUGUACAUUGUGGUACACUGUACUUGUUGUACUCUUAAAUUACAUGUUCUUGCUUGGUUUGUGUGAUGAUCCUAGCUUAAAACCCAAACAGAUCAUGUCACUUUUUAAGAAAACUUAUGGGUCCAAUAUUAAGUAUCACCAUGCCCGUAGAGGGAAAGAAGUUGUAUUUGAAGAACAGUAUGGCGAUGAAGAGAAGUCGUAUAGCAAUUUCACUUGGUAUGUCAAAGCAAUUGAAGAAACUAAUCCCGAUAGCUAUGUGAAGUUUGAAGUUGAGGAUGGAAUCAAUAGAUUGUUAUUCAUUUGUUUCGGUGCUUGCAAGCAUAGCUAUAGGUAUCUCAGGCCCAUGAUUUACUUGGACGCUCCUUCUUCACUGGUAGAUACAGGGGUGAUGCGAAUUCGAAGCCCGUUAUUGAUUUGUUUUACAAAGCUUCCUACUCCUACACACCAGCGAAUUUUGAAGAAGCUUUGCGUGGCAUGCAUGCAAUUUGAUCUGGACAUGUUGCUAACUAUAUCAGGACUAUUCCAAAGGAGAAAUUUGCAAAAUGCAGUUUUCCCUGUAUGUAGAUAUAAUGCUCACUCUUCAACUCUUGCCGAGUCCCUUAACAACUGGGUUCUUGAAUUCAAAAAGUUGCCUGCUUUUGCUCUUCUCGAUGCGAUACGUUUGAAGGUUAUGAAGAAGAUGUAUGAGAGAAGGAUAGAAGGUCUAGAUAUUUCAACACUAGGCUCACUCCUGAAUAUGAGGCUUUACUAA